AUGUAUCGACAGGUACGUGUCAAUACUGAAGAUACUCCAUAUCAAAAAAUUCUUUAUCGGCGAAAUACCUCUGAACCUAUUCAGAUAUAUACACUUGAAACUACCACGUAUGGUACAUCUUCCGCUUCGUAUUUAGCAAUCAAAAUAUUAUAUAAACUUGCCGAUGAUGAGGAGGAGAAUUUUCCAAUUGCAGCCCAAAUACUAUGUAGAGAUUUUUAUGUCGAUGAUGUGCUCACAGGUGCACAAACAAUCUCUGAAGCAAUUAUCCUACGUGAUCAACUUAUAUCUUUAUUAAAAAAGGGUGGAUUCUGUUUAAGAAAAUGGGCUGCGAAUCAUCCAUCUCUGCUUAUUGAGGAUCAAGAGCAUCCUGAUAGUGCACAUAUGUCGUUAGAUCCUGACUCAUCUAUAAAAAUAUUAGGUAUUCGAUGGAAUUCCCGUGAAGAUUAUUUCUUUUAUGUUGUAAAUCUUUCGGUAUCCAAGUCCAUUACAAAAAGGACUGUUUUAUCUCAAAUUGCAAAAUUAUUUGAUCCUCUUGAUCUCCUAGGUCCAAUCAUCGUGCACGCAAAAAUUAUCAUGCAGCUCCUGUGGAAAGCCGGGGUAGCGUGGGAUGAACCUAUUCCUGUUGAGAUUCAUUCGUCUUGGUCCGCUUAUUUGGACCAGCUAUCAUUAAUCGAAAAUUUACGCUUUCCUCGUGGAAUUACCAUACCUGAUUCUGUUAAAGUACAAUUACAUGGUUUUUGCGACUCUAGUGAAAAGGCCUAUGGCGCCUGUUUGUACUUGCGUUCAGUUAAUUGUCAGGGUCAGGUAUAUAUACGCCUUAUUUCCUCUAAGUCUCGAGUGGCUCCUGUCAAACCAUUGACAUUACCAAGAUUAGAGCUCUGCGCUGCAAUACUACUUGCUCGUCUUUAUCAUAUUGUAAAGCCAACUAUUUUGACAAACAUUCAUGAAUCAUAUCUUUGGUCUGAUUCUACGAUUGUUUUACAUUGGAUAAAUACGCCAGCUCAUCGCUUAAAAACUUUCGUAUCGAAUCGCGUGUCAGAAAUUCAAACUAUCACUGAGUCUUGCCAUUGGCGGCACGUUUUAUCACAAGAUAAUCCUGCAGAUCUUAUAUUUCGAGAACAGCUUCCGUCAGAUUUUAUUGAAAGUUCCAUUUGGAUUGAUGGGCCUUCAUGGUUGACUCAGGAAAGCUCAGCAUGGCCGAAAGGAGUUCUUACUCCUAUAGAUAUUCCUGAUUUAAAACCUCUUAUUCCUAAAAUUGCAUGUUUGAAAAUUGAGAUAAAAGAGUAUAACAUCAUCGAAAGAUUUAGUUCUUUUAGUAGGAUGCAGCGAGUUAUAGCAUGCAUUCUACGUUUUAUUCACAAUGUUAAAAAACCCAGUAGUGAACGUAAAUUUGGUCCACUACUUAGUACAGAAUUAGCAAUAUCUCAUGACUUGAUUAUACGUUUAGUUCAAUCCAGUUGCUUUAAAAAAGAAAUAGAAUCAAUUAAAGCUGGGGAAUCACUUCCUUCAUGUAGCAAAUUAAUUCCAUUAAAUCCGAUCAUAAACGAAGACGACAUUUUACGUGUUGGAGGUAGACUUGCUCAUUCUUCUAUUGCUGAAGAACAAUGUCACCCAAUCUUAUUACCUGCUCAGCAUCACGUGACUAAAUUAAUUAUCAAAGCCGAACAUUUUCGACUUAAACAUGCAGGUAUGCAAGCAACGCUAUACUCAAAAAGAUUGAUUGGCACUAUCCCCCCUAGAGCUCCGCACUUUGGUGGAAUCUGGGAAGUCGCGGUGAAAUCAUUUAAGCAUCAUUUAAUUAGAACCGUGGGUGAUACCUUACUUACUUUUGAGCAAUUAGAAACAUAUAUCAUUGAGAUAGAAGCUAUCCUAAAUUUAAGGCCAAUUUCUCCUAUGUCAUCCGAUCCUAAUGACCUUCUUCCCUUGACUCCAUCUCACUUCCUCAUAGGUAGUCCGUUGACCGCUUUUUCACAGGUUGAUUUCACAGAUACUCCAAUCAACUGCCUAUCUGCUUGGCAACAUACUCAACAGCUCAAGCAGCAUUUUUGGAUACGCUGGCACAAGGAAUAUCUUCAUCAACUGAUUAAAUUUAGUGGAUCUCCGUGCAAAUCAGUUAAUAUCAAGGUUGGAACCUUGGUACUUAUCUUUGAAGAAAAUUUGCCUCCUUUACAAUGGGUCCUCGGGCGCAUCACCGCUGUUCAUCCUGGAAAGGAUGGCAUCGUCAGAGUGGUCACCCUUAGGACAAAAACGGGCACAUACGACCGUUGCGUUAAGAAGCUUUGUCCACUUCCCAUCGAUGAAGAGGAUGACGACUUCACCGAAUCUGCUUGA